UCUGUAUUUCUUUAGAGGGCCACAGUAUUUGCGUGACAGCUCCCUCCUACAUGAUCGUAUAGUAACUCUGAAUUCCGUACAUUUGCAUUGUACAUGACUGGCGAAAAAAAGAAAGCAGAAAGUCAUAUUCCCUUAAGGCAGGUGGCACAUGGUCACGUGAAAGGGUCAGAUGGCGCGGGGGCUCGGGUAAAUACGGUCAUGUGACCGAAACCCGAAUCCUGACCCGUCGGGGAUUCUGCAUCCCAAACGCAUUUUUCGGGCAGACGGUGACUGUGCCCUGCUAAGAAUAUAUCAACGGAGGCAGGAGGACGGAGUUAGCUUCAUGCACAGAUCCACCAUGCAACACAGGGCUGUUUAUGCAUGAACACGCGCUCGCGCACGAAGUCUCUUCUGUAAAGUAUCUGACAGUGUUCGGCUUCCGGAUCAUAAAAUGUUAAGGAAGUGAAAUAAAUCACGGCAGCCAACAGGUGUAAAUAUAAAUUGCCUGAACCUGGGAAGUCUGGCCUUGUACCAGUUGCUAAACCGCAGAAGCAAAAUUGUGAGCCUAGAACGGCUACAGUAACAUUUUAGAACAGCAAUAGAAAUUGUGUACAUGUGUUUAAAGGCUGUGUGAGGUCUAGUCCACUCAUCCUGAACAAUUACUGACUGUUUUGCUUAGAUCAUCUUAACGGAGUUAAUUUCUGUUAAAGUUUCUGUUCAGAAGCCCAGGGCACAAUGUGGAACUACUUUUGUUACUAUAGCAACUAGGCAGCCAAUGGUGCAAAAAGUACUCAAUGAGCAUAUAACUAUCUUGGUUGUUUUAACAGUAUGAACACCCUUUAGCUCUGGGAAGAAAAUGUGCCUUUAAAACCGCUCCAUUAUUUUCUUUUUGCACAAAUGAAAGCAAAAAUGGACGUGGCUUUAAUGAUUAACUUCAUCCUGCAAGUACGUAUACAGAAUUAAAUCCACGAUCCAAGGUGUCCCAUACCGUAGAAGAUAAAAUAAACUUUGCCAAGCCAACAGGGGAGGAGUUAGCAGAGCAGACACCCUGUGACGUGAAUAAGACCAGCGCACAUGGGGGUUCUGUCUGAACACACUUGACCCCAAAGACUGAGGAUUUUCAGCAUAAUCUCUCAGGAAAUUGUCACCUCCUAUUUGCUGUGGAGGCAUAGCAUGUCUAUAACUGUGUUGGGGGGGGGGGGAAGUAUUAAAGAUGGCUGCAGAAGGGAGGUGACGGGUCUUCCGUUUGCAGGCCGGCCAUGUUUAGAUUGUUACAGUGUGACUGGCUGGACUUUCCCUGGGGAGAUGGAGAUCUGGGGUCAUGGGCUGACCGUUCUCCACUUCAUGAGGCUGCCUGUCAAGGUCGUCUCCUGGCUCUGAGGACUCUGCUGUCUCAGGGCUACAGUGCGAACAUUUUCACCAUCGACCAUGUGACCCCUCUACACGAAGCCUGUCUUGGAGAUCACGUGGCCUGCGCAAGGGCACUAAUCGAUGCUGGUGCCAAUGUGAACGCCACCACCAUUGAUGGUGUGACGGCGCUGUUCAACGCCUGCUCAACGGGCAGUGUGGCCUGCACAGAGGUGCUGCUGGAGCACGGUGCCAAGCCCCAGGCGGAGCCAUGCCAGCCUUCGCCCAUCCACGAGGCCAGCAGCAAAGGUAGAAGCGCAUGCGUGGAGGCCCUGAUCACGUGGGGUGCCGAUGUCGACUAUGACAUUCCUCACCUGGGAACGCCGCUCUACAUAGCCUGCAUAUCCCGGGAGCUACAGUGUACCCGCACACUGCUGGACAAAGGUGCAAAUGUGCAGAAGGGGCGGUUCCUGGAGACGCCUCUGCACGCGGCCGCCCAGAAGGACUGCCCAGAGAUCGUGAAGGAACUGCUAGAAUAUGGUGCUAACAUCAACUCCCGAAACCUGGAGCUGAAGAGGCCGGUGGAGGCAGCCCCCGCCAGCAGCCUGGCUGAGGGGUUGCUCCUCCUCUGUGAAGCCAUGCCCAGCCCUCUGCGCCAGCUCUGUCGGCUCGCAAUCAGGCAGCGCAUCGGCCGUUCUCGACUCCACCUCAUUCCCCAGCUACAGCUACCCACCCUCCUCAAGAAGUUCCUGCAGUACAGAUAGGAUGAUCACCGGCUAAAACCCCGCCCCCUUCAUCCCAUGUGACCCGACCAUAGAAGUGCAUCUGCUACAAGUCCAUCUCAACCCUGCCAUGUACGCAAUGCAGCAUACACCGUUAACCAAGAUACAGAAUGCAUUUAAGCACUGGGGGUAAAAAUAAAAAUAAGAGGUUCAAGGAUGAAAAUAAAACAGUCAUAUAGCAUGUCAUAGCAGUCAUGCUCACUCCCAAACAGCCGGCCAGAGCUUUUUAGUAUCAAAUCUGCAUGUGAAUACAGUUGUGUUCAGUCACUGUACAGUGCUACAUGCUAGAUGUGGUUAAGCGUGUUACUGGGGUUGUUCGCGAAUCAUUUGACAUGUUUGGUUUCCCAGAAGCCACAUAUGACACAAACAUCUAUCAUCUUUUAGUGCACACUCCUGGAAGAUUUCGUAUGCCACCACGGUCAGUUCACGCACGCCAGUGACAUCACAACAAACCAAGCCAGUGUCACACACACACACACAGACCAUCUGAGUCCCUUUAACCAGGAAGUCCUGAAAACCUUGACAUUAGAUCAUUAUGUGGGAACAUGGGGGACAUUUAAUUGUGCUUUUUUUUUUUUACUCAUCCCAUAUUGUUGUAAGUCUGCAUGUAUAUA